AUGUUGCAUGAGUGGCAGCCGAUAUUGAAGUGGUUGGCCAUUGUUGGAUUGGUGCCAUUUGCCAACAACGGCAAACGUCAACUCCAGCAAUGGCAACGCAUCUACACAUUCAUCAUGCUGGCGGCGAAUUGGAUUCUAACUGCAUAUGGGAUCUUCGUACAGCCAAUGGAUCACGAAGUGCUUGUAUCCAAUUAUGUCAGCGUUAUGGUUUUUCUCAGUCAAAGUAUAUCGCUGAGCGUCUGCCUGCUCGAGGGAAUGUGCACCUAUCGUCGGCAUUUUGCAUUCUUGCAACAAUCACAGCGUAUUGUGUGGCUGUUUCAGCAGCGCCUACAAACUGGGCUGUGUCGUUGGAGUUUGCGGCGUCGUCAACGUUUCAAAUAUAUGUGCUACUCAUGUAUCGCUUAUGGCAGCCUGCCCAUAUCGAUGGUGGUCAUUUCGAUCAAAUACUAUUACGGUUACUUUUGGUAUGCGUUGGGCUGUAUUCUGGUGUUGCGUACCCGCUGCCUUUUGGCCAUUAUCUACAUGGAUUAUAUCGAUUUUUAUAUGACACAUUUGAAUAUGAAGCUGCGUUCGGUGGUCAAUUCUCGUAUGUGCAAGCCGCGCUUGUGUUUGGAUGUCAAUUACAGAAUGUUGGAAUCUUUCGAUUAUUUGUUGCAGCUGAAAUUGGUGUAUAGUGAGAUAUAUAAAUUAACAGCUAUGUUCGAUGACUUAUUUGGUUGGUCACUAUGUGCCUUACUAACGGUUAUGUUUUUGGAUAUUACCGUUAAUUCAUAUUGGACGUUUCUAACAUUAUCAAGGGUUUUCGAAUUCUAUUUCCUAUACUUAACCAUGGCAACGGCAUUUCCACUGGCAACGGUUAUUAGCUUUGCAUGCUAUGCUGGGCAGAACUGCAAGCAGCAGGGCAUAUCCACCGGCAUCUUGGUGCAGCGAUUAUUAAAGAGCAGAUACAAAUAUACAAAUACAAAAACCUACAAUGAUUUGUUAUUCGAAUUUGCUAUGCAAAUAAAGCAAGAUCCAAUGGUAAUAGUGCUUAAAGAAUUUGUGGUUGUGGAUUUGCGAUUACUAAUGAAGAUUUUUACAGCAAUAGCAACAUAUUUGGUAAUACUUUUACAAUUUCGAUGGACAUAUCCCGAGGACUACGGAGAUGUGAACUGA